AUGCUAAACGGGUCAAAUUUUCCGGAAUGGAAAGAACAUUUGUUGCUUGUGCUUGCCCUCAUGGAUCUCGAUAUUUCGCUCAUGGAAGAGCGUCCGGAUGCCGAUAAGUGUGUUGAUGAAACCAAGUAUUGGGACCGUUCCAACCGCAUUAGUAUGAUGAUAAUGAGAAUCCGGAUCCCUCCAAAAUUCAGAGGCAUUAUCCCCGAGGACGUUACGACAGCCAAAGAAUAUUUAGCCGCGGUUGAGAAAUGCUAUGCGAAACAUGAGAUGUCAGAGAUCGGUAGGGUGACAGCUGAGUUUUGCUCGAAGAAAAAAGCGAAUGAGAGUGUUAGAGAGUAUAUUAUGACGAAGAUGAGCAUUGCAGCUAAGAUAAAGAAACUCGGGAUGCAUAUUCUGCCCUCGUGGCAGAUAUGUUACUCGAUAGUCUGCCCUCAGAGUAUGAUCUACUUAAGAAUACUUAUAACCAUCUGGAAGAGAAAUGGUCGACUCAUGAGCUCAUCUCACACUGUGUGCAAGAAGAAGAUAGAAUGA